AUCGUCCUUUCUGCUCUCUUCUCUCUCUGAGAAGACCAAACCACAAACAUAGAAAGAGGGAGAGAAAUGGAAGUUGCACCUGUCCUAUCCCUAGAUUCCCAAACCCUAGAAUAGUACUAUCCACCUUCUUUUAAUUCAUAAAUCCAUAAAUACCCCUCUCUUUUCGUUAACCAAACUUUAUAAUUUCUCAUUUUCAUAAACCAAACUUUAUAAUUUCUCAUUUCUCAUUUCUAGUAUAAAACCAAAAAACUUCAUAAAAAAGAAUCACUAUUUCUUACACAUUGCAAAACCCAAACGAAAAACCGUUUUCUUCCGAUUCUCAUCUUCGUUUCUUAACUUCAUCUCGAAGUUCCAAUCGCUUAUUGCACUAUAUGCUUCCUAGAAAGAGACACUGUGAAGGAGUGGUUGUGGAAGAAGAUACUGAUAAUAUAAGUUUUCCGAAUAAGAAUCGGAUCGUUACCGCUGUCGGAGCUGCCGAUUCGGUUGUUAACAGCGACCGGAAUUUAAGCAGCAGUAGUAACAACAACAGCAGUAGUAGUGGGUACGUUAUGGCUUUUGGAGAUAACAAUCCGCCGGAUAUUGAUGAGGAUCUGCAUAGCCGUCAGCUUGCUGUGUAUGGUCGAGAGACCAUGCGGAGGCUCUUUGGGGCUAGUGUCCUUGUCUCUGGGAUGCAGGGUCUUGGCGUUGAGAUUGCGAAGAAUCUCAUUCUUGCUGGUGUCAAGUCUGUGACCUUACACGAUGAGGGGACUGUUGAGCUAUGGGAUCUGUCUAGUAAUUUCGUGUUUUCGGAGAAUGAUGUUGGUAAGAACAGAGCAUUGGCUUCUGUUGGUAAGUUGCAGGAGCUGAACAAUGCAGUGGUCGUGCUAAGCUUGACAUCUGAGCUGACUACAGAACAACUUUCUGAUUUCCAAGCUGUUGUUUUUACUGAUAUUAGUCUUGAGAAAGCUGUUGAGUUCAAUGAUUACUGUCACAACCAUCAACCUUCUAUUGCUUUUAUUAAAGCUGAAGUUAGAGGCCUUUUUGGUUCUGUCUUUUGUGAUUUUGGACCAGAGUUUACUGUUUUGGAUGUUGAUGGAGAGGAACCCCAUACUGGCAUAAUUGCAUCUGUCAGCAACGACAAUCCUGCUCUAGUAUCAUGUGUUGAUGAUGAGAGACUUGAGUUUCAGGAUGGAGAUCUAGUUGUGUUCUCUGAAGUUCAUGGCAUGAAGGAAUUGAAUGACGGAAAGCCAAGGAAAAUAAAAAAUGCUAGAGCUUAUUCGUUUACCCUUGAAGAAGACACCACAAAUUUUGGUAUGUAUGAAAAAGGCGGUAUUGUCACACAAGUUAAACAACCAAAGGUAUUGAACUUUAAGCCACUGAAGGAAGCACUCAGUGAUCCAGGUGAUUUUCUUCUGAGUGAUUUUUCCAAGUUUGAUCGCCCACCUCUCCUUCACUUAGCAUUCCGGGCUUUGGAUAAGUUCAUUUCCGAGUUGGGUCACUUCCCUGUUCCUGGAGUAGAGGAUGAUGCACAAAAGCUUAUAUCCAUUGCCAGUGAUUUGAAUGACAGCUCAGGUGACGAUAAAAUAGAAGAUAUAAAUCCCAAACUUUUGCGACACUUUGCCUUUGGGGCUAGGGCUGUACUGAACCCUAUGGCUGCCAUGUUUGGUGGAAUUGUUGGACAAGAGGUUGUCAAAGCAUGCUCUGGGAAGUUUCAUCCACUUUUUCAAUUUUUCUAUUUUGAUUCUGUGGAAUCACUUCCUUCUGAGCAACUGGACCCAGAUGAUUUCAGACCAGUAAAUAGUCGUUAUGAUGCACAGAUUUCAGUUAUUGGACGCAAGUUACAAAAGAAAUUAGAGGAUUCUCAAGUGUUUGUUGUUGGUUCUGGUGCUUUGGGAUGUGAAUUUUUAAAAAAUCUUGCUCUUAUGGGAGUUUCUUGUGGGAAUCACGGGAAGCUGACAAUUACUGAUGAUGAUGUGAUCGAAAAGAGCAAUCUAAGCAGACAGUUUCUCUUCCGUGAUUGGAAUAUUGGACAGGCUAAGUCCACAGUUGCGGCUUCAGCUACUUUAUCUAUCAAUCCUAGUUUUAAUAUUGAAGCUCUACAAAACCGUGUCAGCACUGAAACUGAAAAUGUGUUUAAUGAUACCUUCUGGGAAAACUUGAGUGUUGUGAUAAAUGCGCUGGACAAUGUGAAUGCAAGACUAUACGUUGAUCAGAGAUGCAUGUAUUUCCAAAAGCCUCUUCUUGAAUCUGGGACUCUUGGUGCGAAAUGCAAUACCCAGAUGGUCAUUCCCCAUCUUACAGAAAAUUACGGUGCAUCAAGAGAUCCUCCAGAGAAACAGGCCCCAAUGUGCACUGUACACUCAUUUCCACACAAUAUUGACCAUUGCUUGACAUGGGCGCGAUCAGAGUUUGAUGGUUUGCUCGAGAAAACUCCAGCUGAAGUGAAUACAUAUUUGUCGAACCCAAGUGAAUAUACUAAUGCAAUGAGGAAAGCUGGGGAUGCUCAAGCAAGGGAUAAUUUGGAGCGUGUUCUUGAUUGCCUGGACAAGGAUAAGUGUGAAACUUUUGAAGAUUGUAUUAAUUGGGCUCGGCUAAAGUUUGAAGAUUAUUUUGCUGAUCGGGUGAAGCAGUUGACCUAUACUUUUCCUGAAGAUGCUACAACUAGUACUGGAGCUCCUUUCUGGUCUGCCCCAAAAAGAUUUCCCCGUCCACUGCAGUUCUCAACCUCUGAUCUGGGUCAUCUACAUUUUGUGAUGGCUGCUGCUAUUUUACGUUCAGAAACUUUUGCUAUCCCCAUUCCUGACUGGGGGAAGAACCCUAGUAAGGUGGCUGAAGCAGUUGAUAGGGUGAUUGUACCUGACUUUCAGCCUAAGGAAGGGGUGAAAGUAGUGACAGAUGAGAAGGCCACUAGUCUUUCCACUGCGUCUGUAGAUGAUGCAGUUGUUAUUAAUGAUCUAAUAACCAAGUUAGAGAGGUGCCGGACAAAGUUUACCCCCACAUUCAGGAUGAAACCAAUUCAGUUUGAGAAGGAUGAUGAUACAAACUACCAUAUGGAUGUGAUUGCUGGGCUUGCCAAUAUGAGGGCUCGGAAUUACAGCAUUCCUGAGGUUGACAAGCUCAAAGCCAAGUUUAUUGCUGGACGAAUCAUUCCUGCAAUUGCAACCUCUACUGCCAUGGCCACUGGUCUUGUCUGCCUGGAGCUGUACAAAGUUUUGGAUGGGGAACACAAAGUCGAAGAUUACAGAAACACAUUUGCCAAUUUAGCAUUGCCUCUCUUUUCAAUGGCCGAGCCAGUGCCACCAAAGGUUAUCAAUCAUCGAGACACAAGUUGGACAGGUUGGGACCGAUGGACUCUGGAUAACAAUCCUACCCUAAAGGAACUUCUUCAGUGGCUGAAGGCUAAAGGAUUGAAUGCUUAUAGUAUCUCAUGUGGAAAUUGUCUGCUUUAUAAUAGCAUGUUCCCUAGGCAUAAAGAGCGAAUGGACAAAAAGAUAGCAGAUCUGGGAAGGGAAGUAGCUAAGUUGGAAAUUCCUCCAUACCGUCGUCAUUUGGAUGUUGUUGUGGCAUGUGAGGAUGACGAUGAUAAUGAUGUUGAUAUCCCUCAAGUAUCCAUAUAUUUCCGUUAGGUUGUUCUCAUCUUUAGGCAAAAUGACAGCAUGUUUGACUCAUGCUCCAUAUUCAUGAAUCAUAAUGAUGCAGCCAGCAUUGUUGACUAUUUCUCACAGUUCAUAUAUGAAUUCAAUAGCAACUUUCAAUCCUUGUGUA